AUGGCGUACAAGCGGCCCCGCGCGACGUCUCCCUCGAACUCACAGAAGCGUGCUCGCGGAGGCCUAAGCUACGUUUCCCUUGGCACCGAGCUGCCAGACGAUAAAGACGAUGGAGAAUUCGUACCCGUGUGGAAGCAGACGGUGACGGAUGACCGAGGGCGCAGAAGGCUGCACGGCGCUUUUACUGGGGGCUUCAGUGCAGGAUACUUCAAUUCAGUUGGAUCUAAAGAAGGAUGGACACCUAAGACGUUCGUUUCCUCGCGGUCAAACCGCAGCAAAGACCAAGCCACAGGGCCGACGCAGCGAGCCGAAGACUUCAUGGACGAGGAGGACCUGGCCGAGGCAGCAGAAACACGCCAGCUUGAGACGGCCCAGAACUUUGCCGGCAUAGGCGAUGCAGAUGACGCAGGCAACGAUGGCUUCUUUGGUCUCUUCAUGAAGCAGGAAGAGGCAAUGGGCGUAAAGCUGGCGCAAAAGAUGGGCUGGAGGCGCAAUCAGGGCAUUGGCCGAAAGAUUAGUCGGACUGCUCGCUUAGAAGAUGGCAUCGCUGCCGGCAAGGAUGCGACAAGUUAUAUGUUCGCGCCGGAGGACACCCGAGCUAUGCCUAUUCCGCGAGAAAAAGUGCAUCGCAAAGGCUUGGGUUAUCAGUCAGAAGCCCGUCUGGGCGUGGAGCAAGAGAGGGCAGCAGAUCGAAAAACAUCGCUGGACUUUGAAUUUACUGAGAGCUCAAGAAAGCCCUUAGUCGUCAAGAAACCUACGACCAAGAAAUCAUCUUUCGGCGUGGGUGUGCUGAACGACACCGGCUCAGACGACGAGGACCCGUACGAACUUGGCCCAAAGAUCUCUCUCAACAAGACUAUCGGCAAGGACAAGAAGGCGAAGAAGCCAAGCAAAUUUGCGAAAGCCGGGGCUGGCGAAGGUCCCGUGUUCGUCUCGAAGAAGACAUCAACAAAGGCGUUGACUCUGCUGAAUCGAGCAUCCAUGGAUGGAAGACCCCCCUUGGCAGGUUUCGUCCUUGCUGCUGAUAUUGCCGAACUAGCAAGUAAGCCAAAGUACCCGCCGCCCAAGAUCCCGCCUGGUUGGAAGUCCUCGAAAUCAGCCUCUGUAGAUGCAGGCACGCAAGGAUACCAGUCUGUGGCAGAUGCUGCGAAAGCUUCCACGCUGGAUGCCAAAGGUCGUUCUGCGCUGUUGGGAGAGAAGCAAUUGCCUGGCAAAUCAAUCUUCGAUUUCAUCCCUAAAGAUGCACGCGAUCGUCUUGCAGGUCUGUCUGGCAAAGCUGAUCUGCCUCAAGGUCGAGGAGAAUCAGGGCCUGAGGGACAUCUGCCCGCAGCCGAAGCGCAACCAAAGGACCUCUGGAGUCUUGUGCCAGCUUUGGACAAGAGCACUGCUGCUGCGGCGUUGGCGAAAGGCGCUACUGGUUGGAUGCCAUAUGCGGAGGACCUGCCCAAGCGUGCGAGAUACGUCGGCUUUCUCGAACUACGAGCAGGGUUGAAAGACGAUUUGCCAGAGCGCAGCAGUAGUAUAUCAACAUCUGAUUGGGUCAAGGAGUUACAAGAGUUUGCUCAUGCUGCCCAAGUCUUCAGACCCACGACCGGCAUCAUGGCGUCACGGUUCACUUCCUCGUCGUCGUCAACGUUAGGUGGUAGUACGGCUGGCACCACAGCCGAGACGCUCGUACGGGAGCCAGCAAAGAAACCUGAGGACCCCGCAGAACAGGCCGCAAAGAUGGGCAUGCAUGGCGCCAUGACCAGGACCAGCUUCCCCUUCCACCCAUCUAGGUUGCUAUGCAAACGCUUCAACGUAAAGCCUCCGCCGGAUAUGCCUCACGGCGCCGAGUUCGAGGGCGACAACGGGUUCAAAGCGAAGACGGAAGAAGCCGUGUCCAAGGCAGCAAUGGACAAGAUGCUGCACGAGGUGUUGACAAACGGGCCAGCCUUGCAACGUCCUGCUUGGAUGGGUCAGGCACCUCAGGAUCCUGUACCUGUGGCUGCACCGCAAGCUACUGGGCAUGCAACAGUGGAUGUCGAGAAGAACGAGGCGCUGUCUAAUGAGCGAGCUUCUGAAGACGUGUUCAAGGCUAUCUUCGGUGAUGACGACGAUGAUGAUGAUGAGUAACGUGACCGGAGACUCGGAUCAAUGUACAAAGUCCAAAUACCACAGUUAAGAUCUUCUACAAUCUAAGCGAAUCCUGAUUCAGCUUGACUCAUGAGGGACUCUAAUGUCCAAUGACAUGUGCUUACAGUGUAGGUUCCUAUGAGUUAGAGAAAAAUACCACCUCACUGUGUGCUACCG